CGAAGCCUGUUGCCGUGGUGCAAGCAUAGAUAUUCUGAUGGCGGCCAUCCAUAUUUAUUGGUUGCGCAGAACUUGCAAGGGAAGGGGUGAGCGGAGCCGCACGCGGCUGACGGUGUGGAAAAGUGAAUGCCAUUGAUGUCGAUCGCCGCCCGCAUGUGUUCCGACAUGUUCGGGCUUCGUCUGGUCCUACUUUGUGUUUUUUUCGUCGUCAUUUUCGUGUCGCGACCGCGAGUUUCGAUCACACCGCAGGGCGGCAGUUUUUUCAUCAGCACGCAGCUUGACAGUAGAGUUGUUUUGAUAUCAACAUCUGAUGUUUGGGCACGUGGCACAGUCACAGAGUCGGAGUCCGUUUCGUCUGUAUCGCCAGCAUCGAGGGACGUCGACGCGCUUCCUUCAUCUAUCCAGGUAUCUCAUUCAGGACGGAAGGCUCCCAAAGCGUGGAAGGGUCCCAGUUCAAGUGUCACCACCGAUGGUAGACAGUUCAAGAAGCCGCUCUGGCAGUGCAGCAGAGCCAUUGUCCCCGGGCUUCCACAUCAGCAUUUGCAGUUGGUUGAUAAAACGUCUGCACUGACGGGUGGCGUAGCUUGUAUUAACGAAGGGCAGCCAAGAGUGUGGAGUUUACAGGGACGAGAAUACCAGGCAUCGGUUCGCCCCAAAAGAAAUCACAGUCAGUGGAAAAAUCUUUUAAAAGAGCAUUACAGGCGCUGGUAUGUUGGGGAUAUGCAGUACCUCAGCGGCAACCCUAACGGGAAAUCGCCGAACAUCAGCAGGAUCGCCAAUCGUUUGUCCGGAAAAGUUCUGCUUCUUUUGGGAUGUUCAGUUGAUCGCAUGGUGCAAGACUCUUUUUGCCGCGAUGUGAAGAGAGAGCCGGAGUAUUAUUUUCAACCCGGGAAAGAAGACGUGCGGGGAGCGCCAAACGUGCAAGUGUGUAAAGCCCCUGGAAAUUUCACGACAAUGCACGUUCACAUUCCAGGUUCUGCACCUUGUCAACCAUACUACAAACCCUAUGUGGAAGAUACUCCGUUACUACUAAACUUUGCAAGCAAGCAGAUUUACGAAGUGAUGCGGAAGCAUCCUGACAUGAUUAUCGUUGACAGUUCCUUGUGGGAUGUCGUCAGAUGGUGGGUCGCAGAUCCAAGAAAAAGCAUCGCAACACAAAAGAUUGGAGGUCCAGCGGACCGCAUAAAGACCUGGUGCUCUGUCGAAGUGCCGCAACUUUUGAAUUGGACCAGAAUCGCUUUUCCGGAAAGCAGCAUUUUGUUUCGCACCGGGGUGCCCGUCAAUGGUCCGGGGUAUCAUGGAAUGCAUUCAUCGGUGAUACAGAGCAUGAACGAGUGCCUAUGGAACCACGCAAGUGAAGGGUUUCUUCAGGGAAGAUUCCUCGUGUUCCCGUAUUACGAAAUAGUGAAGACACUACAGGAAUCGGGUAAUCGGGGUUUGUACUUGGAUCAACUCCAUCCGGGAAGAUAUGCUUCUCAAAUUUAUCUGAGUUUUGCGUUAAGUGAGCUCGAGCGUCUAGCUGGCAAGUCAUGUCGUGAGUAA